AAAAAAAACAGGCUUAAGGAAUACAUAUAAUAUUUCUUUAUAGUUUGGAUUAAGCUAUUAAACAAUAUGCAGGCUGUUAAAAACUGCGGUUUGUGUGCUAGUGGGAGUUUUCUUAAAGGCCGGACCGACUUCCUGCUCGCCCGGAGAAAUAUGGCUGUGCUGCGGAUGAGCGCCGCAUGCGUUCAGCUUCUCAAGGAUAAGACCAGCGUGCUGUGCAACAGCUCUGUUCAUCAGCGACUUCUGCAGCGCCUGCCAAACGUUGCUCGAUCCAAUGCAGUCCCGUUCAGUGUCGGCACUGGGCUCUGCGCGAUGCCUUUUACACAGCAGGUUGAAAAUCUCUCGCAUGAAUCUCUGAUUCGUCGAGCAUCAUGUCUGGUCACUGACAGCGCCAACACGUACCUCUCUCAGACCACUCUAGCCCUGGUGGACGCCCUCACACAGUACGCCAAGGCACUACAUACACUCAUCAGCCUUCAGAAGCGAUACAUCGCCUCAAUAGGGAAACUGAGCCCUGUUGAAGAGGACAGCAUUUGGCAGGUCAUCAUUGGCCAGCGGGUGGAGGUUAGUGAUCAAUUAGAAGAAUGUAAACGCUUCGAGUCAAACUGGAUGAACGCCAUCAACAUUUGCGAGUUGUCAGCAGAAGCAGCCUACAAUUCAGGAGCCGAGCAUGCAUGCACAGCAACAAAGACUAAUCUGCAAGUGGCUCAAUCUAAAGUGGAAGAGAUUAGGAAGAUCUCAAAAGAAGCGGAGAAAAAACUGGCGGAAACAAAAGCUGAAGAAAUCCAGAGAAUGGCCGAGUACGCCUCCAGCAUUGACAUUCAUGAUCUGGAAGACGUUCCAGAGGCCUACCUUCGUGAAGACUAGAAAAACAAAAUGCACAGACUUUCUUUAGUUUGCUAUUUCUGUAGCGAGCAACGAAUCAACAAUAAGUUUGAAUGAAUCCAGAUUGCACCUUGACUUGAAUUAACAAUCAGUAUAGAUUAUGAAAAUGAACGAGUGUUCACAACAUCAAAAAACAAGUAAUCUAUUUGAAAUAACUUGUAUUCAGUGAUUUAAUGCAGCAUGUAAGUUGCUUUGGAAAUAAUAUUGAUGUAUAUUUGUAUAUAUGUAUAUAUAUUUUUUCAUGUCCAUUAAAUAUCACCGGCUGUUGUGAUAUUGCAGUGUACUUCCACAAAAAUGUAAUCAAUCUUGUUUUAUAUUUGUAAAAGAUCGACUUAUUUAUUAUGCUAAUAAAUGCAAUGUUUAUUAA